AUGUCUCAAAUGGCCGUGCCACAGGGCCUGGCGGACAUGUCACAGAUGGCCGUGCCUCAGCUUGCUGCGGGGAAGGGCGCGCCAGCAGGGGGGGCAGUGGGGCUAUCAGGGCUGAAGGAGCUUGAAUUCAUCUCGUCUGCUUUGGAAUCUUCCGUGCACCAUACAGGUAAGGGUGCAGGUGGGAGUGGUGCUUCAGGGGAGGGGUGGGAAGUACUGAUGUUACUGCUUGGAGGGGGGGGGGGUUGGGGGGUUCGGGAAGCAGUGGGGCUGUCUGGGCUCAAGGAGCUUGAGUUCCUCUCGUCUGCCCUCGAGUCCUCUCCUUGGUGCACCACUCAGGUGGGAAGUACUGAUGUUACUGCUUGGAGGGGGGGGGGAUGGGGGGUUCGGGAAGCAGUGGGGCUGUCUGGGCUCAAGGAGCUUGAGUUCCUCUCGUCUGCCCUCGAGUCCUCUCCUUGGUGCACCACUCAGUGGGGGUGUGGGUGUGUUGCUGGUGAAAUUGUUGGUAGUGGUGCUUCUGUGGGUGGGGCAGUGGGGCAGUGGGGCAGUGGGGCCAUUUCUCUGUCGGGGCUGAAGAAGCUUGAGUUCAUCUCGUCUGCCCUCGAAUCGUCCGUGCACCACUCAGGUGGGGAUUGGGGUGUGUGUUUGGGGCUGCUGCUGCCGCUGGUGGUGGUGUGGCUAGUGCUGCAGCAGGACGGGCAGUGGGGCUGUCGGGGCUGA